UUACUGUUCUACACAGGCCAUACUUGAAUAUUUUAAGCUCUCUGGUUCAACACUUCAAUCAGGAUAAGGCUUGGCCUCUCCAAAUUUAUUCUCUUUUAACCUUUUUGAGUUUUUCUUUUCCUCUUAUCUCUUUGCUUAUUAUACUUAAAGUCCCUGAAUUCGAUUCAGAUAAAACUCCUAGUCUCCAACCCAUGUGGGUCUUCUUCCUCACCAGCUAUUAAUACCCAAUUCCAGUCAUUUUUUUUCUCUCUAUGUUGAUUUUCAAUCAAAGCUCUCAACUUUGAAACCAGCUAUUAGUUCCCAAUUGUCCUCAUUUUUCUUCUCUGUUGUUUUUCAAUCCAAAGUUUCAGUCUUUAAAUCAAAGCUCGCAACUUUGAACCAAAACCCACAUCAUGUCUAUUGCUUUGGACAGAAAUGGGAAUAGUGGGAAUGGUAUGAUCCCACGGUCCGGGAGGUUCAUCCAUGGGAUGCCUUGUAUUUCGAUCUACGACACAAAAGGGUUUGAUCAGGAUCGUCGUUUGGAGUUGGUGGAGGACUCUAGUAGCUCGAGGUCGUCGUCGGUUGGUAAUAACAGUGACGAGUCUAAUGGGUCGUCGGAGGGUGAGGAGGGUGAGGUUCAGAGCUCGUUUAAAGGGCCUUUGGACACCAUGGACCAGCUUGAGGAGGUUUUACCUGUCAAGAGAGGAAUAUCUAAGUUCUAUAAUGGUAAAUCAAAGUCUUUCACGAGCUUAGCAGAUGCGUCAUCUGUUUCUACUGUUAAGGAGCUUGCGAAGCCAGUAAAUCCUUAUAACAAGAAGCGCAAGAAUCUGUUGGCCAAUAGUUAUUUCCGGGAUCUGAAGAAUAGUGGUGGUGGGAUAAGGAGAUCAGCUAGCUCUAGUCGAGGCAUAUAUCUUGCUGGGGAGACUCUUAGCGGCUCUAACAGUGGGGACGAUUCCAAGUCUAUUUCACCUUCACCCUUUUCUUGUCGUCCUCCUCUACAUCCGCACCGUAAAAGAUCACCUGGUAAUGGGUCAUCAGAUUCUUCACCGCCUUCUCCUCCUCAACGAAAUGCUCCUUGGCGAUCAUUCUCACUGUCUGAUCUACAAUGCGCUGCUGCACCAACAGCCAACAUUACUGGCUUUGAAAUUUGUAACGGGGAUAUGGACAACAAUCCACAUUAACAUUUUAGCUUCAUGUUUCGUUUUCCUGAUUCUGGAAGAAUGCUGGUGAAGUUGAAGUUGAAGUUUCAUUUCCAUCUGCAGACCACGUCCAGUCAUCUUGAAAAUUAAUCCGAGUGUUUCCACAUAUAGGCUUUAGUUGAUAUGUAAUGAGCUUAAAUGCUUAAUGACUAUAAUGAUGGCAUUGUAUUAUACAGAGUAUCAAAAUUUAUGUUUCUUGUUCCAAA